UGACCAGCACAUGUGAAUCGAAGAAAACGGAUAUAAACGGGACAGUUACUUGUUUUAUUUUAUUGUACCAUACGUAUGUCUUAUGGCAACAUCGUCCGUGAAUUUCGAUCAGAUUUCUUUGUUUCUUAUAUACCUAGGAAUAUGUUUCUCCCAAUGCAAAGACAUCCGACAUUCUUUGGAUGACGACCUCUUGUUACCCUACACCAAAUCCCACGGCCCGUCUCAUUCUCACCGCCACGUGAGAGACUGUCAGCCCAUUGCCCAUGGCAAUGUAACCCAUGAAACCUGGGCAGCAAGCAAUCGCUCUAACUCCCCAGUGUUGAAGUCAAAUAUAUUCACCGAUGACCUUGGCAAUCACAGAUGGGUGAGCGGCCACAUCACAGAGGUGCAUGACCCACUGAGAUCUAUAUCUGUUCUGGAACCAGGAGGCCCUGGAGGGUGCAAGUUAAGGCACAGAGAACUGGUAGAGCUCACUGCCAAAACUAGAAAGUGCCUCGUCGCCCAGAAUGGAGGCUUCUUUGACAUGGGCAACGGGAAGUGUUUGGGAAAUGUCAUAAGUGAUGGGAAACUGGUGAGGAACAGCAGAGGAAUUCAAAAUGCUCAGUUUGGCAUCCGAAAGGAUGGGACGCUAGUGUUUGGCUACCUGUCCGAGGAUGACAUCCUGGAUCAGGUAAACCCCUUUGUGCAGUUGAUCAGUGGGGUGGUGUGGCUGCUGAGAAACGGCAAGGUCUACAUCAGGGAGAGCAUCCAGGCAGAAUGUGAUGAAACACAGAAGACUGGAAAUUUCGAGUACUUUGUGGACGUCGUAUCUGCCCGUACGGCGGUGGGUCACGAUGCAGAGGGGAAACUCAUCCUCUUCCAUGUCGAUGGUCAGACAGGUGUAAGAGGAAUGAACCUCUGGGAAGUGGCAACGUUUUUGAAGGAACAUAAUGUAGUUAACGCUAUCAAUCUGGAUGGAGGCGGCUCGGCCACUUAUGUCCUCAACGGAUCCCUGGCCAAUUACCCUUCAGACAAAUGCAAAAAUACGGAGUGGCACUGUGCACGGGAGGUAUCCACUGUGUUGUGUGUUCACGAGAGGCUGUGCCAGCCAGAGGACUGCAGCGGACAUGGGCACUGCGUGGAGGGCCAGUGCAUGUGCCAGCAGGGCUGGAGCGGCCCAGCAUGUGCCAAUCUCACAUGCCAGGAUGAAUGUGGAGAACAUGGGAUCUGCACUGAGAAUGGAUGUGUGUGCGAUGCUGGAUGGAUAGGUUUAAACUGUAGCCAAGUAUGUGCAGCUGGUUUCUAUGGCGAUGGCUGUAAUCAAACAUGCGCAUGUGCAAACGGAGGCUCAUGUGAUUCUGUUCACGGACGGUGCACCUGUCCUCCUGGUUUCCAUGGAGAUUCCUGCGAGCAAGAGUGCCCUCUUGGAUUCUACGGGCUGAACUGCAAGCAGCCGUGCCGAUGCCACGACAUGUGCCCAUGCGACGCUGCCACAGGAAGCUGCAACACCACAUACCAAGGAGAGAGAAACAUCAGCCUGCACAGAGCUGGUCACUGCCUGGCUACCCAGAUGUGGAGGGAAUGGAGACAAGAGGAGGAAGCUCAUGCUCCCAAACCCUAUUUAUCUGAACAAAGCUGGCUGGUUGUCUGCGCUAUCCUGGCAACGUUGCUGCUGGCCAGCCUCGCCGGUAACCUUAUCCAGACGUGCAGAAAAUGCAAAGCGCGCGGGCAGAGGGCGGACUACUCCUACUUGCCGCUGGGAGAGAUCAGCGGGUCCACGGAGCAAAGCAGAGGACGGGGGAAGGAGUCUGGGAAAGUUCUUUUUCAGCAAGAAUACUCUGACUCCCAAGACUCCUCAUAAUGAGACCGUGUUUUAAAAUGUAUGCAUUUGCGCAGGUUCACGCAAGUGUACUAUCCAUCCAGCUAGCUAGCCAGAACAAGCCCUCAUUAGUUUGAGGACGAGGAAGAGGUUUGUUUGUUCCUGGUGUGAAUCGAUGAGCUUUUGGAAGGGCCUCUUCAUCUUUGGAUUGGUAAUGAGGGACAAUGAGAUGGGCGUUAGCAUCCAAACAGCUGUCUGCACAGCUCACAUUCGCCCCAGCCAACUCUGUUCACAUGUGCCAAGUGCCCUGUUUGUGCAGUUUGACUGCAUUUUGCGCGUUUGUUGAGUUUUUAGUAUACUUUUGUAGUAGCUGCUAGUAGUGCAAGAACCAGUUUCUCAUGUAAUGUCAUUCACCGUUUAAAAUACUGUUUCGGUGACCUCAAUGAAGACUUUCGUUUUGGUCUUCAGAGAACCAAGAAAAAGAGCAAUAUCACCACAAAGCCUUUUUAUUGACAGAAUGGCCCAGUUGUUCCACCUGUUGCCAUAGGAACAGACAAGUUUUGAACUAUGAACUCUUUCUGUGGAAUCCUUCCUGCAGGAACUUGCCAAACUGCUAUUUUGAAACUUUUAUUGAAUGAUUUUUGUUUUUGUUUUUUUUUUACCCCUGCGGCUGUAGAGGUCAUUCAGUUUAUUUUGAUUCCACCCCUGAGUGCUUUUGUUUCAGUAAACGCCUUGCCAACUUCUGCCAGCCUUAUCAUGGUGCUGUUUUGUGUGUUGUCUUAGGCACUUAGAGCCAGCCAUAGAAACACGAUAUGAAAAAAAAAAUUCAAGGCCUGGAUUGUUUUCACACUCUCUAGGAAAGCAAGAGAAAGACAUUUCUUUUGUGCUUAGCACCAAUUUGCUGUAUUUGUUCUGUUCUUAAGCAGUGAAUCUGGAUUUUUGGAAGAGAUUUAAGAAGAAGAGUUUUUUUUUUUUUGGUCAGGUUCUGUUUUAGCUCUGAAACAUGACACACAUAUUUUGGAAGAGGAACAUUUACUCGGGUCUGUAGUUCCUGUGUUGUUUCCCGUUUAGCAUUAAAAUAGAUUUAUGCUUGUCUUGUUUUAGGAGUUUAAACCUUGUGUGAAAGAAUGAAUCUCAUUAAACCUGUCAAAACAUUCCAGAUCAUAUUAAACCCCAAAACCAACUGAAAUAACUUAUUUUUUCCUUAAAAAUAAGACCCUAAACUUUUUUUUUUUUAAACAUUUUGUGGGUGCAUUUACUUCAACAAAAAUACAGAAGAAAACGGUUAUUGUGAAAUAUUAUUACAGUUUAACCAACUGGUUUUCUAUUAUAAUAGAUUUUAAAGUAUAAUUUAUUCCUGUGACGCAAACCUGGAUUUUCAUCAACCUUACUCCAGUCUUGUCAGAUGAUCCUUCAGAAAUCAUUGUAAUAUGCUAAUUUAAUUACUUUUAUUAUCAAUGUUAGAAACAAUGUUUCAACAAAAUAUUAAGCAGCACAGCUGUUUUCAACAUUGAUAAUAAAUCGGCAUAUUAGAAUGAUUUCUGAGAAAUCAUGUGACACUGAAGAAUGGUGUUAUUUGAUGCUUAAAAUUCAGUUUUUCGUCACAGGAAUAAAUUAUAUUUUAAAAUAUAUUCACAUAUAAAACAGUUCUUUUACCAUGAAAUAAUAUUUCACAAUAUUACUGUUUUUCUGGAUUUUUUUUAAAACAAAUAAAUGCUGCCUUGAUGAGCAUAAGAAACAUCUUUAAAAAAGCAUUAAAAUCUUACUGAUCCUAAAAUGUUGAAUGGCAGUGUAUGCAGAUUUAAAUAAAAUACACCAACAAGCAAAAGCGUCUAGAUGCAUUACAAAAAAAGUAGAAUUUUCAGGGAAAAUUGUCAUUAAAAAUAAUUUUAUAAUGCACAAAAAGGUACAACAUUUUUCAAAUUUCAAAUAUAAUUUUUGUUGUUGUUGUUGUUGUUGUUUUGAGAUUAAAUCUUUAGUUAGUUACAUAAAGGUGUUUGUCUGCAGUGUGACACAUUUGACUGUUUAUUAACUUCCACCUAGCUCACCUCCUGCUUUGCAUAUGUUCUUCACUGCGAGCGACCUCUAUGCUGAUCGCCUUGUAAGUGUAAAGCAGACAGGGACAAAGACUUCAAUCCAGGUUUUUGAUGUAGUUUUAGAUUUCAGUCUAAUCAAGCGGGCAGAUGCCAUGCAGGUUAGAGAGGUACUUGCCUGUCCCCGGUUCGGACAUGAUGCUAAUCAGAGCAUCUGAGGCUGUUGACACUCAUUUUAAGUGAGUGAUUUUGUUAUCGUGCAUGUCUUUUUGUUAUUAAACAAUAGGAAUUGCUAUCAAAAGAACAUGCAUAGUAAAUAAUGGUGCAUUGGCACAAUUCCUUUUGCGAUUAAGGAUUUGACUGUUUCAAUCUUAUGUUGUUGAAUCCUUCUAAUUCAGAACAUCUGGUUGCUGUCAGGUUGGCUUGACAUUGAGAUUAGAUACAGCCUAACCUACGUGCCUGACUUGUUAACCAAAGCAUCCCUCUCAUAAAGAAAGGCCAGGAUAAUUACUUUCACCCUGUUUUUAUGUUCCUGGGUUCAUCCGUGAUCAUUGAUGGAUAGCCUUUUGAGUUCCAAUGAAUGUACGAAACAAAAUGAUUCUAAAAUGAUUUGAACUAUGAGAUUUUUCUGUAUGAAAUGAUAAUUAUUUUUAUAUUGCUUAUGGGCUUGUGCACAAAAUGGCUGGUUUUACACUAAGAACCUGUAAUAAAAUUUGGCUUUAAUUAACUUUUCAGGUUAUAUAAAGAUUAAAGUACUGUUUUGAACUCUUCAGGCUGCUAAUCGAAUGAACUGCUGUUUUUUCUGUUUUGAGACUGAAUAGAUAAUGAAUUUGUAAAGUCAUUAAAGGGCACAAUUGGUUGUCAUUGCGUAGACUGUAUAUGAAAGGUGUGUUCUUCCAAAGAAAAGUUAAAAGCCUAUUUCUCCUGGGUGUGUUCAAUAGAAAAUUGUGUUCAGGAACAAAUGUGUGUCACAAAACAUGAAGAUGUGGAUUUAAUUGUGCUGGUUGUUACUGAAAUGUAAUCUGACUGGAUUUAGUGACAUUUAUGUUAUUUCAACAAAAAACAUACAUGCACUUCAUGUUUAAAGGGAUAGUUUCCCCAAAAACUUGCAGUAUGUUUGUAACAUUCAUACUUAAAAGAAUUAGUUCACUUCCAGAACAAAAAUUAACUUUCUUUCUUCAGCUGUAAAGAAAUUAUGUUUCUUGAGGAAAAAACUCUUCAGGAAUUAUCUCCAUAUAAUGGACUUCAGUGGUGCCCCCAAGUUUGAACUUCCAAAAUGCAGUUUAAAUGCAGCUUCAAAUGGCUCUAAACGAUCACAGCCGAGGAAGAAGAGUCUUAUCUAGUGAAACGAUCGGUUAUUUUCUAAACAAAUUGACAAUUUUUAUACUUUUUAACCUCAAAUGCUCACCUUGUCUUGUCUCUGCCAUGUGCAUGUGUAGUCUAGUGUAAUCUGGGUCAGUACAGUUAGGGUAUGUCAAAAAACUCCCAUCUUGUUUUCUUCAACUUCAAAAUCGUGCUACAUUGCUGUUUUACCUUUUUUGUAAAGGGCGUUUGAUCAUCUUCGCAUGUUCACUUUCUGCAGCAAUGUCAGACAAUUUUGAAGUUGAGGAAGAAAAUGAGAUACAAGUUUUAAGACAUACCCUAACUGUCGUGAACCGGUUCAUGCAGACAUAGAAAAGACAAAUGUUUGAGGUUAAAAAGUAUAUAAAUUGUCAAUUUGUUUCGAAAAUGACCGUUUGUUUUGCUAGAUAAGACCCUUCUUCCUUGGCUGUGAUCGUUUAGAGCCCUUUGAAGCUGCAUUUAAACUGCAUUUUGGAAGUUCAAACUUUGUGGCACCACUGAAGUCCAUUAUAUGGAGAGAAAUCCUGAAAUGUUUUGCUUUAAGAAUCAUAAUUUCUUAUCGACUGAAGAAAGAAAGACAUGAACAUCUUGGAUGACAUCUUUAUCCUUUAUGACAGAUUAUCUGUAAAUGUUUGUUCUGGAAGUGAACCACUCCUUUAACAUAAUCCAAAUGAAAAAUCAAACCUUUGACAACCAACAAAAGGACUAAUACAACCCGUUGUGUUUAGGUCAUUGUUUUGUUUUUUUUAAUGAUUGUCUAGAAUUUUCACUUUUUUGCUGCUACAUGACACACAACUCAUUUUUUUGUCAUAAUUUGUAUCUGACAAGGUUAAUAAAGGGGUCAAAUGAAUCAA